AUGCUGAUACCCAUAUGCUUUUUUAAAAAGCCGCUGAAUUAUGAAGAAAACAACCAAGUGAUCCUGGAAAUUGGAGCAAACAAUGAAGUUCCGUUUGCUAGAGAUGUUGCACUCAGAAUGGCAACCAUGAACCGAGCCUUGGUCACAGUUCAUGUGAGGGAUCAGGAUGAAGGGCCUGAAUGCAGCCCUGCAGCUCAAUAUGUGCGGAUUAAAGAAAACUCAGCAGUGGGGUCAAAGGUCAAUGGCUAUAAGGCGUAUGACCCUGAAACUAGAAGUAGCAAUGGCUUAAGGUACAAAAAAUGGCAUGAUCCUAAAGGAUGGAUCACCAUUGAUGAGAUUUCGGGGUCAAUCACAACCUCCAAAAUCCUGGACCGGGAGACCAUGACUCCCAGAAAUGGCUUAUAUAAUAUUACAGUCCUGGCAAUAGACCAAGAUGGUAGAUCGUGUACUGGAACACUCGCAAUUAACAUUGAAGAUACGAAUGAUAACCCACCAGAAAUACUUCAAAGUAAUAUAAUAGUUUGCAAACCAAAGAUGAAGUAUACUGACAUCUCAGCUGUCGAUCCUGAUGAACCUGUCCAUGGUGCUCCAUUUUAUUUCAGCUUGGCAAACACUUCUCCAGAAACGAACAGAAUGUGGAUCCUCACCAAAGUUAAUGAUACAGCUGCCCGUCUUUCAUAUCAGAAAAAUGCUGAAUUUCAGGAAUAUAGUGUUCCUAUUACUGUAAAAGAUAGAGAAGGUCAAUCUGCAACAAAAACCCUGAGAGUUAAUCUGUGUGAUUGUACUCAUCCAAGUCAAUGUGUGGCAGCUCGAAGGAGUGCAGGAGUAAUACUUGGAAAAUGGGCGAUCCUGGCCAUCCUACUGGGUAUAGCACUACUGUUUUCUGUAUUGCUAACUUUGGUAUGUGGAGUUGUUGGUGCCAAAAAAAAAAAAGGUUUUCCUGAAGAUUUAGCACAGCAAAACUUGAUUAUAUCAAACACAGAAGCACCUGGAGAUGAUAAGGUGUGUUCUGGCAAUGGGUUUAUGACCCAGACAGUCAACUCUGGCCAAGGCUUUUGUGGUACCAUGGGAUCAGGAGUGAAAAAUGGAGGGCAGGAGACCAUUGAGAUGGUGAAAGGCGGACACCAGACCCUGGAAUCAUGCCGGGGGACCAUGCACCAUCACACCCUGGAUUCCUGCAGGGGAGGACCCAUGGAAGUGGACAACUGCAGAUACACCUGCUCCGAGUGGCAUAAUUUCACUCAGCCCCGUCUUGGUGAAAAAUUGCAUCUGUGUAACCAGAAUGAAGACCACGUGCCAUCUCAAGAUUAUGUCCUUACAUACAACUAUGAAGGAAGAGGAUCUCCAGCUGGUUCUGUAGGUUGCUGCAGUGAAAAACAGGAAGAAGAUGGCCUUGACUUUUUAAAUAAUCUGGGAGCCAAAUUUACUACAUUAGCAGAGACAUGCACAAAGAGAUAAUGUUAAAGUACUACAAUUAGACAUGUAUUUGCCAGACAUUCUGGAAGUUUCCAAAAGGAAAGGGAUAUUGUAAAGUUCAAUUUCA